AUGGGAUCUAGGAGUCUUAAUAGACCAAGAGAUGAACAUGGAGUCAAGAGGGCGAAUCAGCAGCGGAAAAGGCCAGCUUCUUCCUCUUUGCAGAAGGCGGCCAUCUUUCGCUGCCUCCAAGCCUUGAUGGACCACGGCCUGAAGCUGGAACCCGCCUGCGGUUGGGACGCCACUCCUUUAGGGCGUUUGGGGACAGCAGUAUGGGAGGAGGAGGAGGCAGCGCAGGAGCAGCGCCUGCAGGCGUGGGCCAGCAGGGCCCUUGCGCGCCUCUCCCGCCAGCACUUCCUCCCGGUCAUGCGAGAGCUCCAGCGGCACCUCAGGCCCUUCGUCCAGCCAGAGGAGUUCACCCUCCGCACCCUGGGCAAGGUGGCCGCCAACAACGUGCUCCAGUGCAUCCCCUUCAUGGGCAUCACGCUGACCACUCUUCAGACGGUCACUCGUGGGAUGGAGGGUGUCCGGAGGCGCCAGGCCCUUUGCCAAGCUUUGGGGCAGAUGUGCCGCGCCAUCCGCAUCUACCUGCGCAAGUGGGAGCGCGCCCCGUGGCCCCGCAUCAGCGCCCGGCAGUUCUCGUCCUACCUCUUCCCGCUCUACGCCUGCCUCGCCCGCACCUGGCUCCCUGACACAAACCCACAGGUGGGCAUCGGCGUUGCCUUGGCCUCUUCCGCUGCUGCAUCACACGCUUGGCCCACCUCCCUUUCACAGGAACUGCUCUCAAGCCAAGUCUCACCCAUUCUGUAUACCUGCAUCCCAUAUUUUGUGUACUCCCCAUUGACAUCUCUAACCCAUGAAGGACAUCCUCCUCUUUGCGGCUCAGUACCAGAGCGGCCUGGAGCCUUUCCUUAUUACUCAGGUGGGAGGCAAGUUGUUGUUGUUGUUGUUAUUCUGCUCCGGACCCUUUUCUACCUUCCCUCGGUUUUUGCUGCAGAUUUUGAGCCAGAUCCUGGGGGCCGCCCUGGUGAACAGCAUCCCCAUUCCUUCAGUGCAGGUGGAGCCCCUCGUUCGGACCCUCGCCCAACAGAUCUUUUCUGGAGGCCCACCUCACCGGCACCACCCGCAAGGCUCCAGCCGGGAGAACUGCAAAGGAAUCUCCUGCCUCUUCUUGCAGCUGGGUACGGGCCUUGCGAGGCGGGACGCCCCCUGUGGGAAGGGCCUCCCUCCUUCCAUCGAAGGUGCCCUUGCCUUGCUUUCCUCCUUCUCCGUCCCGCAGCCCGCCUUCACCCUUUGGAGCUGCUGAAGGCCUUCCAGAGGAGCCUGGAAGGAGGUCCGAGUGCCCUUCGCGUGGCCCUGCUCCGGACACUCGCCCAGAUUGCCAGCGCUCAGCGUCCUGAACUCUGGAGGCAACGGGCCAUGUUCGUGAAGACGGUGAGAGUCCUCCUGGCCAACAGUGAGACCAAGGUCCGCCUGGCCAUGCUCCAGGCCAUCGGUCAGCUUCUACGCAGUCGAUAUUUGGAGAAUAUAGAGGGCUGGACCUUGAACUACGUCUCCCUACAACUGGCCAUCUCUGCCCACCGGCUGACUCACCCGGCAUUGAAGCUGCCUUUGGGCGGCUUGGAAGAGAAGGCCAUUGAGAGAACCUGCAUCGAAGUCCUCCAUGUGGCUGUUUCUUCUGGGAACGGAGCCAGCCGAGAGCUGUGGGGCCGGCUGCUGGGCUACCUGCUCCAGCCCCAUUAUGGCCACCUGGCUGGCCCUCUGUGCUGCACACUGGCCCUUUUGGCAGAGCGGCGCUGGCAGUGGGCCCCUCGGAGGCUGAUUGGAGCCGAGGAAGGAAACUCUCCAACUCCUCAGGAACUGAUGGCUCGGCUCCUGGGUCUGGCGGUCUCUCCUUGGGCAGGGUCCAGCCGAGGAGGGCCUGCUCUGCUCCUUCUGAGCCUCCUGCGGACAGAGAUGGACACAGAGGCAGCCGCAACGUGGUGGGUGGUCCUCCCGGCCAUGGUUCGCUACCUGGAAGGUCACAGCCAGUAUACUCUGCCUGCAUCCCUUUGGGAAGAGAAGCUCUUGGAGUUCCUGAAGGCAUCCCUGCAGCGCAAAGGGGGCGUCCCUGCAGCCGGCUGGGUCUUGACCCUUGCAAAGGAAUUCACCAAACAGAAGGGACUCUGGCCUGAUUCCUCCCCAGAGCAGGUCUUCCUCUCCAAGGCUUCUGGGGUGGCCCUCUCUGCAGCCGGAGACCCCAAAGUGGCCACACUGAUCCUCCAGGACCUCCUCCUGCAAGCAGAUUACGCCGACCAAGGGCAAAUGAAGGGCCUGCGCUGGUGCCUGGCUUACUGCGCGGAGGGUCAUCCGGCCGCAGUGCUGGACGCUUUGGGACGCUUUGAGGCCGCCAUCUUGGAGGAGGGCGAGGAGCCUGACUGCCCACUCUUUGGCCAGGGCCUCCCCGAGCCAGAGAGGAUGGGCGUGAAGGCGGCUCUGGUGAACUUCUAUGGCGCUCUCCCCGGCUGGGUCCAUAAAGAGCAGCUGCAGUUCCCCUUGCUGGAGCGGAUCGUGGCCAAGAUCCUGCUGCAUUACGAGACAGCAGGAGGGACAGAGAGAGCCAAGGGAGACCCUCAACUGGCCUUGAGCUUCAUCCGGAGCCUGUCUGGGCUCAGCCUGGCCAUCCAAGCCUUGGAGGAAGACCCUCUUUCCUUUGGGAUCCCCCAAAAGCGGGGCCUCUUGGACCGCCUCCUGGCCCUCAUCCAACCUGAAUCCAAGGACGGCCGGAUGGUGUCUCCAGUCUGCAAAGAGGUGAUGGCUGCUCUGCAGGAUUUGAGGCAGGUCAGGGGUCAAAGGGAAGGUGGUCCCAUCCCCCAAAAUCGGGGCACAGACUUUGACCCCAAUUUGCACCUCCACAGCCGCAGCCCAGAAACCUUGAGCCAUGAGGAAAACAUCGAACUGGCCGAGCAGAGCCUGAGCCGCUUCGUGACCCUCCUGCCUUUGGAAGAAGACAACAACCAGGUGGGAGGUUAUCAUCACCAUCAUCAUAACAUGAUUUUUGCUUCUGGGUGAUAAAUGUCAGGAAGGAAAGAAAAAGUAGGAAGGGAGAAGGAAGAAGAGAACAAGAGGGAAGAAAGAAAAGGGAAAUAAAGGAGAAAAGGACGAGAGAAGGAGGGAAAGAAAGAAGGAAGGAAGGAAAAAAAGAAGAGGAAGGAAGGGAGAAGGAAGAAAAUGGAGGAAAAUAAAUAGGGAAAGAAGGGAAAGUAAGAAAAG